UUUAUGGUUUUUGAACGUGAUUAGUCCCUUUUUUUUUAUUUCACUGCUUUUUUAGCACUCUCUUCUGGGAAUUGGCUUCAUUUCUUAACGCAGCUAAGAAUGGGCGAUAAAUUUUAUCUUUCUUUUGCGGCAUUCCCCAUUGAACUGUAUCAGAAUCCAUCAUUAUCAACAAGUUCACCCUCAGUAAGUCGACAGUGCGUUUCGGAACUGUAAGAUAAGGGAUAGGGGCGGAAAUUAAAUAUAUUUCAAGAACUUUUUGUAGAUUAUUCUUUAGUACAAAAUUAAAUUUAAUCUUUAACAACUUUAUGCUGUCCCAUUUAAAUUCCAUUCAUAAAUCUAUUCGUUAAUGAGCCACUUGCGAUAAGACUUUCCGUUUUCUAGCUGACCUUACUCUAUUACUUUUUUGAUAGCCCCGCGCAAUAAUACAGACCCUUGGCCUUUGUCCUAAUAUCACGAAACGCACUGUAGGCCAGUUCCAUCCAGCUCUUAACCAAUCCCAAAGAAACUCCUCUUGGUUUAAUGGAUUCGGCUAAUGGCGAAUGCAAAUGAGAUGAAGUGAAAUGUUAGAAACAAUCAAAUCGGCAAUGGAAUAGGAUAGAUACUUGCUCAAUAUACGAAGUUAACGACGGCUCUAAUAGGUUUAAUUAUAUUGGUGUUGUGUGCGCCUCUCCGAAUCGAUUAUUUUUGUAGCUUUGAACUUAUUUGAAUUGUAUUUGAAUAAUUGUUACGUCGACCCGACUCCAUUCGAAUCGAUUCGAUUUCUUUCGCCUCGGUUGGACCGUUGAUGAUUAAGCUUUAAAUGUGCUUAGCGAAGUAAGUGUGGAAAUGGAAUAAAGUGCAUGGAAAUUAAACGCCAAAUAAUGUUUGUUGAUUCGCCCCCCUUUUCGGAGGCGCCACCUCUGUCAGAGGUGGGUAGUUUUUUUGGGGCUUGUACCUGUACACGUUUUUUUUAUCAUUUAUAGGUACCUCAAAUACAUCACACCUUUUAAAUUAUCUAGUUGCUGAUAAUGUCUUCAUUAUUCGCAAGCUCUUUAAAAAAAAUGUUCCUUAUUUUUUAAUACUUUUUGGGUCAGUCAAUUAUAGUCAGGUAAACAUUUUUUUGGGUACUUCAAACAACUCACACGUUUUAACUUAUCUAGCUCUAUGUUUUGGCAAUCUGAAAAUACACUCAAACAAACUUCUAAAAUGCGAUUGUUUUUUAGAUUUUUAAAAUGUUUAAAAGUGAAUUAUUGUGAAAUUUUAACAAAACAAUUCUCAUUUCUCAACAACUAUUUUUGUUUUAUAUUUUUUUAACACCAAUUUUAACGAUUAUUUGCGAUUUUAUUCUUAAGAACUAUAAUAUAAAAAUUAGGGAUCUUGGUUGUAUGAUUUUAAGUAAUUUAUAUAACUUUGGUUUUGUACCUUGUACCUUUUCGUGAAGCUUGAACCCCACCUAGGUGACCCAAAAUUGUACCUUUCCCAUGGGGCUCUGCCUUCCCGGAGAGACAAUUUGUCACCGGGCAUCGAUCAAACACAGGACAUCCGAGUGGCCUGGCAACGGGCGCCAUUGAAACAGGAUGGCAAUGGAUAUGGAUAUGGAUGGGCCAUCAUAACCGCAAGGGAGCGAAGCGGAGUGGAAAGGAGUGGAGGAGCCGCUAAUGUCUGGAGUGCACAUCCAAGUUCAUUAGACUUGCGGAUGGGUGCGGAAAAGCUGCUCGACACGAAAUGGAAAAUUUUGGCAAAGUUUCCCGCUGGCUGGAAUCGUCGUAAAUCGCUGUCUAAAAAUAUCCCAACACUCGAACCCAAUCGAUGUGCCCGCAGCUGGCAGAGAUGGGCGAACGUGAGCCAGAGUCGGACGAGGAUUGCGAGGUCUACUUCCUGAAGCCGGUCAACGAGUACAGCAUUGUGGACAGGAUCAAGGAGGCCAACAAGGAGCUCUUUGCGCCGGACGCGGAUGAGGGUUCUAAUGGUUCCAAUGGUGGCAAGGUGACCAAGGUGAAGUUCGCCCUGAAUCUGGAGGACUAUGAACCCACGGAGCAGCAGAAGGAUCAGAGUCCCAGUCCGCCGGAUGAGCUGCUGCAGCAGUUGACGCAACUAAAGCUUAAGCCCAUUGUGGAAGAGGAGCCAGUGGCUGCAGAGGUGACCGAGGUGCCGGAGGAACCUCCUCAAGAGGAGGAGCCAGAAGUGGAGGAAGAGAUCUGCGAGGAAAUUCUGGACUUGAGUGAGGUUCCCCCACAGCAGCAGCCUGCUAUCCAAGAAGCCAUUCCCAUUGAUGAAGAUGAAGACGACGACUUUUCUGGUGUGGAUGAGGCAGAUCUGGAUGAUGACGACUCUCCAGCUAAGGUUGCCUCUCCUCAACUGAGGCAGAACACCUUCGACCAAGAUGACUCCGAUCAGAAGAGUCUCACCAACUUGCUGACCGAAUCCGAUUGCGAGGAGGAGGAGCGCACUUUGAAUGAGGCACGCCAGAAGUUGAGAGAUGCCUACAAGAAUCUGUACAAGACUUUGGAUUCCAAGCAGCAGGCCACCAUUGAUAGGCUGACGGGAGCAGAAAGUGAGGUUCCCUUACCGCCGCCGCCGUCUGUGAAUAUUGCUCCAGUUGAAGCCGAUGAAGAGGAUGACUUGUCCAUCAUUGUGGCCAGCUAUAUUCCCGAUGACUUUGAGCUCAACGAGCAGAGCAUUUACUACAAGAAGGAGGAACCCGAGGAAGAGGUGAAGCAAUCCUGUCCCAAGGCCACUUCCAAGACCUUCUUCACUUCGCGCAGUUUCAGUUUCCGGCGUCGCAGCAAGCCCACACCUCCGCCAUCAUCAUCAUCCGGUGCCACCGCUUCAACGACAUCGCCUCCCUCCAUCCGGAUGAACUACAAGAUCUGCUGCGAGCAUCGUCACUCGAUCCAGGGCAAGCUGCCCCGGUAUAUGGGCUACAUGUCCGAGUACGGACUGACUGCCCAGCAGCUGCAGCGUCGGGAUCAGCAGCUGCGGCGCAAGCAGCGCUUCUCCAUGGAGCAGACCUUGCAGAGCAACGAGCAGGAGCUGAAGAAGAUGCAGGACAACGAGCGGGCCUUCACCACCUGGCUGAAGAACAAGAUGCGCUACCCGAUCAACAAGACGCGCAACAUGUUCGAUGCGCACAAGAGGAAGGGCAGUGUGGCCGCCGCCGGAAGUCCACGUCAGCAUGCUCAUCCGCAUCAUCAGGAGCAGGAGCAGCGUGGAGGCAGGCGAAGGCGUCGACGUGACAGCGGCGAGGAGGAGGUGCACGCCUAUCGACACCUUCUCGGCAGCUGGAACAAGUAG